UACAGUUACGACAGAACUAUAUUUCUUUUCUCAAACGGCCCAGCUGUUCUUUCACCAAUUCGUCUCGUCCGCUUUGAUUGGAUUCCUUCCUCUCCUAGAUCAGCGCAGUAUAAGGCGAAGAGGUCCAAAAAUUUGUUAAUCUAACAAGACAAGUUUUAGCAUCUAAUUAUCUUUCUACCACUCCCUCUUUUUAUUUUUCUCAGCUUCGAGUUUCUCGCUGCAAGCUUUUGUUGCUUUCUGUUGAAUGGAACGACCUAGAGCUUUCUCUGUGUCUCGGUGACUCUCUGGUUUACUUUCUAUACAAUUUGUGCAAUUUUUAAUUCAAUUUUUCUGCGUUGAUCGAUCUCCUUAACUUGCUUCGUUUCAUUCUCAGAUGGUAAUUUGACCUUUGUCAUGUCCAUCUAAGCAGUGGUAUUUGAUAAUUUUGAAGUCUGAUGUCUCCACCACUGCUGGGCGUUGAGGAGGAAGGGCAGAGCAAUGUGUCAGUAGCCUCUUCACCCUCUGACUGUAUUUCCCAAAAUGUUUCUGGGCUAAAAGGGAGCAACUAUCUGGGCUUUUCAGACUGUUCUUCAGUUGACAGCUCUGCAGCCUCUAGCUUGCUGGAUGACAGCAAGAACAAGCUGAAUUUCAAGGCUACUGAGCUGAGACUUGGUCUCCCUGGAUCCCAAUCUCCUGAUAGAGCUCCCAAGCUUUCUUUGAUUAGUGCAGAGAAGUUUGAUGAGAUGCUGCUGUUCCCAUUGCUUCCUGUUAAGGAUGGAAUCUGUGCAACAUCACAGAAGAAUGUUGUUUCAGGAAACAAAAGAGGAUUCUCUGACACCAUGGACAGAUUCUCAGAGGUGAAAAGUUCUGUUUACACUGAAAAAAACUGGAUGCUUCAAGUGGCCGGGCCUGAUUCUGAAUCACCUCAAUCUGUUGCACAGGGGAAGUUUCCUGGUAAUUCAGGUAUGAAUGUGAAGCUUUCAACCAGAUCAUCAGGGACUCAGCAACCAGUAAUGAAAGAGACAGCUCCAAAUGCAGUGCCAGAACGACCUUGUGCAGCCAAUGGAACCUGCCAUAACCAAGUAGCUACUUCUAAUAACAGCAACAAUACACCUGCUGCCAAGGCGCAGGUUGUUGGUUGGCCUCCUAUUAGAUCAUUUAGGAAGAAUUCCUUGGCUACCACAUCAAAGAACAAUGAUGAAGUUGAUGGAAAGCCUUGUCCAGGUGCUCUUUUUGUCAAAGUCAGCAUGGACGGGGCACCUUAUUUGAGGAAGGUAGAUUUGAGAACUUACUCCAGUUACGGGGAACUGUCUUCUGCUCUUGAGAAGAUGUUCAGUUGCUUUACAAUUGGUCAAUGUGGAUCCCAUGGGGCUCCUGGGAGGGAAAAGCUGAGUGAGAACAAGUUGAAGGAUCUGCUGCAUGGAUCAGAAUAUGUGCUUACAUAUGAAGACAAGGAUACUGAUUGGAUGCUUGUUGGGGAUGUGCCAUGGGACAUGUUUAUAGAUUCAUGCAAGAAGCUGAAAAUAAUGAAGAGCUCUGAUGCUAUUGGCUUAGCUCCAAGAGCGAUGGGGAAAUCCAAGAACAGGGACUAGCAAGUGCCAAGGGAAGAGGACUACUUUCCUGGUAAUGCCGCAAAAUGUGUGGAAAAUUCCAGCAGUGAGGGGGAAGGUAGUUGAAGCGAAUGGGUUUUUGAGAAGAUGUAUGUUUUCUUCUGUGCAGGAAGUUGGUUUUACCAAAUGUUUGCUGCAAUGCUUAUGGUUAUGAUGGUUGUCGGUGAAGAUAAUUAUUGCAUUAGUAGAUGUGGAGUUUAUUCAGGAAAACCUCUGAAUUGUUUAAGUGGUAAUGUAUUUGAUGAAUCCAUGAAUCCGCGUUUUGACUAAUUUGAAUGGUUUAUGUUGUUACUCA